UCAGCUUCGCAACGAUCAGUUUUGUAGCGCCGCUGAAAUCGAGCUGAUCGGCGUAUCGGAAGAAAAAUUCAUUCAGAAGCUUUCCAGCGAGAAAUAACAGAUAAGAAACAUGGCGAGCAAAACCACGCUCCUGCUCCUGCUGACUAUCAGCCUCCUGGCUGCUCACUCCUUUGCCCAGGAGUUCAGUGCCUGGCAACGGCACCAACAACCGCUACAGCAGCAACAACAGCAACUGCCGCGUAACCCCAGACCGGAGCUGGGCCUCCGUUCCCAGGGCACAAAUCAGUACACUAAGGAGCCCACAAGCGACGUGGUGAUGGUGGACCUCACCAAACAUGAGCCGGCCAACCCGCCGCCCACUCGUCCGCCGCCCGUCUUCAGCUACAUGGAUCGCUUCAGCGGCCAGCUCUUUGACCAGAUCAUCAAGUCGCAGGGUCAGCAGAACGUGGUGCUCUCGCCCUUCUCCGUCCACGCCCUGCUGGCCCUGAUCUACGGGGCCUCGGACGGAAAGACGUUCCGGGAACUGCAGAAGGCAGGGGAGUUUAGCAAGAAUGCCAUGGCUGUUGCCCAGGACUUCGAGAGCGUGAUCAAGUACAGGAUGCAUUUGGAGGGCGCCGAUCUGACCCUGGCCACGAAGGUGUACUACAACCAGGAGCUGGGUGGCGUCAACCCCAGCUACGAUGCCUACGCAAAGUUCUAUUUCAGCGCCGGCACGGAGGCCGUCGACAUGCAGAACGGCAAGGACACGUCGGCCAGGAUCAACGCCUGGGUGAUGGACCAGACGCGGAGCAAGAUCCGGGAGCUGGUGACCUCGGGCGACAUUGACCCACAGACGCAGGCGCUUCUCGUGAACGCUGUGUACUUCAAGAGUCGCUGGGAGCACGAAUUCGCCAUCAUGGACACUGCACCCUCCGACUUCCACCACUCCAACGGCAAGACUUCCCAGGUGGCCAUGAUGUACAACGACGAUGUGUACGGCCUGGCCGAGCUGCCCGAGCUGGGCGCUACCGUCUUGGAGCUGGCCUACAAGGACAGCGCCGCCAGCAUGCUGAUCCUGCUUCCCAAUCAGACCAACGGACUAGCCAAAAUGAUGCAGCAGCUGUCCCGGCCGGAAUUCGAUCUCAACCGCGUCGCCCACAGCCUGCGCCGCCAGUCGGUCGCUGUGCACCUGCCCAAGUUCCAGUUCGAGUUCGAGCAGGACAUGACCCAGCCCCUAAAAGACCUGGGAGUCCAGCAGAUGUUCACGCCCAACUCGCAGGUGACCAAGUUGCUGGAUCAGCCGGUGCGCGUGAGCAAGAUCCUGCAGAAGGCCUACAUCAAUGUGGGCGAGGCGGGCACAGAGGCCUCGGCAGCUUCCUAUGCCAAGUUUGUGCCUCUUUCGCUGCCUCCAAAGCCCAAGGAGUUCAUCGCCAACCGGCCAUUCGUAUUCGCCAUCCGCACACCCACCUCAGUUCUGUUCAUAGGUCACGUGGAGUAUCCCACACCCAUGAGCGUCAAAAACAAACCCAAUUUUGACUUUUACAGGAACUAGGAUUCCAUUUUCGAGUAAAGUCUUGCCCGCUGCAUUUGUGAAAAGAAUAAUAAAGUAUAACGCUGUAUUUAUGAAAACUGAA